AUGGCAGACUUCUCCAAGAUCCCCUCCUCCGCCACCCUAGACAUCCAACCCUUCAAAGCCCACGUCUCCGACGAGAAACUCCAGCAAUUCAAACAACUCAUCCAACUCUCCCCCAUCGGCCCCGCGGUCUUCGAAAACACCAACUGCGACCGCCGCUAUGGCAUGAAGCGCGACUGGCUCGCGCAAGCCAAAGAGCUCUGGUCUACGUCGUACGACUGGCGCAAGUGCGAGGACCGCACCAACUCGUUCCCGAACUACAAAGCUACUGUUAAGGAUGCUGAUAGCAAUGAGAUUAAAGUGCAAUUCCUGGCGCUGUUUUCGGAGAAGGAGGACGCGGUGCCGAUUGCGUUUUAUCAUGGGUGGCCGGGGAGUAUUCUGGAGUUCUACGAUCUUCUUGAUUUGCUGAGGAAGAAGUACUCGCCGAAGGACUUACCUUACCAUGUCAUCGUCCCUUCACUACCGGGUUACUGCUACUCCUCCGGCCCUCCCAUGGACAAAGACUACGACACCACCAUCGCCGCCGGCGCGAUGCACAACCUCAUGCUCGGCCUCGGUUUCGGAUCCGGGUAUCUGGUGCAAGGCGGCGACAUCGGGUCGUUCAUCAGCAAGAUCUUGGCUUCGGGGUACGAGGCGUGUAAGGGGAUGCACGUGAACAUGAUGGCCAUCCCGCCGCCGGCGAACGCGGGGGAAUUGGAGUUGAGUGAUCUGGAGAAGGAGGCGUUGCCGAGGGGGGAGGAGUUUUAUGAUCAUGGGUUUGCUUAUGCGCUUGAGCAUGGGACGCGGACGGCGACGAUUGGGUUGGCGUUGAGCGCUAGUCCGGUUGCGCUGUUGAGUUGGAUUGGAGAGAAGUUUCUCGAAUGGAGCGAUGAGGAUCCGCCGAUGGAGGCUAUCCUGGACAGUGUGUCGCUGUACUGGCUCACAGACACCUUCCCGCGCUGCAUCUACCCCUACCGCGGCGUAAUCCUCCCUUAA